AUGGCAACGGAUAUUUCAAAUGCCCUCAAACGUCCUUCGGAUAACGAGAACUCAGCACCAAGGAAGGUGCGAAAGGGCACCCAGAGUUGCUGGGAAUGCAAGCGACGCAAAGUCCGCUGUACCUUUGCGGCUUCUGAAAACUCCUCCUGCGAGCCUUGCACGCAACGAGGAACGCUAUGCGUUAGCCAAGAGCUACCAGAUCCAGGCCGGACUUCGCAGAUUGACGACAGACUCGGCCGCGUCGAGGCGGUCCUUGAAGAUGUUCUCCGCCGGUUGCCGGCCCAAGAAGCAGAUCGCCACAAUCCUCACCAGCAGCAAGAUUCACAGCCUCCUGCACACGUACCACCUCCAGAUGUUUCCCCCGCCCGUCAUGAUUUUCAUGAUGUAGCCACUGAACUGGUCCUCGGACAAGUCGAUCAAGAAUCGCGCCCGAGCGAGAGCUUGACCACUGGAUCUGACGAGCUAUCUCGUAAACUCAUAUCGGCAGCAACGGCGCUACCUACUCAAGAUGAACUGGAAUUGAUUUCACGUGAACCAUUUGAAGUUCCGAGCUGCCUCCAGGGCCUCCCAUGUGUGCAGUCGCUCAGCGAUAGAACAUCGGUGUCAUGGCGAGAGUUGAUGCGUCCUCCGGCGACAGGUUCUCACCCGGUUGUAUUGACAAAAAUACACUUGAUACUGGCAUCUUAUUUGCAAACGCUCUCUCAGGGAGCGAUGGAACGACUGUCCUUGUUGGGUGUUGAUCAUCAAGGAAUUGCGUCGAACGCAAUACAAACCGCUCGUCGAUUGGUUCUCUCCAACCAUGGGAUGAUACGCUCACUCGACGGCAUUGAGUGCCUAUACAUCGAGAGCAUGUAUCACAAUAAUGCAGGUCGGCUCCGCGAUGCAUGGCUUAUACUCCGCACUGCAAUAUCAACUGCGCAGCUACUUGGAAUGGAUCGCAGAGCCUUUUCACAACUCCCAUUCACGGAAUUUCACCGAAAGGAGAGCAGAGAGGAAUCGAUAUGGGUUCAUUUGCUUGCUUCUGAUCGGUAUCUGUCGUUGGUGUUAGGCUUGCCACAAGGUGCUGCCAACAGCAACAGUUUCUCCUUUCCCGAAGCGAUGGCGCCCCAUACUCCAGAUGAACGGCUUCGCAGGACCCAUUGCGCAGCUGGCGGAAUCAUGCUCAAGCAUACAGAUCAUCGCGAUAACGAUACAGCAUACGUCGAGGAGAUCAAUGUGCUCUUGCGUGAGGCUGCAGCAAACUUGAACCCGCAAUGGUGGCUCAUCCCAGAAUCCUUGAAUCGAGGCCAGCCAGUGACUGCCCAGGACACCUUACGGCUAAUGACCCAGUUCACCCAUUAUCACAUCCUCGCUCGACUACACUUGCCAUAUCUACUAAAAUCUCCAGCAGAUGGCACGUUCGAUCCUCACAAGCUCACGACUAUCAACGCCAGUCGCGAGAUCCUCGUGAGAUACUUGGCCCUCAGGGGCUCGAACUCGACGAGCAACUACUGUCGAGGAGUGGACUUUCUCAUGUUCAUUGCAGCGGCCACCCUCUGCAUCGCACAUAUCAAUUCAUCGCAUUGGCGGCGGUUGAAUGGACAGGGUCCGCACUUUGACUUCCUGGCACAUCAACGUCCUGGUGAUCGAGGGCUCCUGGAGCGGGCCUUGGAGGCCGUAGAGCAUACUGGUCGUCAGAAUGAUGACGAGAUUGACACGAGGGUUGCUGUUGUCCUUCAGCAUCUUCUAGACAACGAAAACAAGGCAGCAACUGGGUCCAUCUUCACCAUAUCAACGGCUGCUACCAAUUCGACGGUGAAUUUCCCGGGAGGAUGGAGCAACGAUGACGGAACUCUCAAAAUCGACGUUCCAAAUAUUGGUCUCAUCAAGAUCGAGCGGGGGCGUAGUCACGACUCUAUGAACAUCCAAGGCCAGGAGUGGUCUCUCCAAGGCAUCGAUACUACCUUUUUCAAUGAUCUUAUCCAAGACUGGGAAAUAGAUGCCCCCGACCUGUGA